AUGGCCCUGCUCUCGGGGCCGGUAGCGCCUCCACUGCCACCUGCUGUCAGUGCCAUGUCACUGACACCCUCCAUGUUCCAUGCCACCCCCUGCGGCUCGGUGGGGGCGCGCCGUCGCGCGCUCUGGGGACCGGUGUUGUCGGACGCGCUGGGCGUUGCGGAUGCCCUGCUCCCGUGGCCCGCGCUCGCCGUGCUCCUCCUGGUCCUCACCGCCGCGCUCCGGUGCCAGGAAGAGGCCCAGUCCACCGACUGGAGGGCCACCCUGAAGACCAUCCGGAACGGCGUGCACAAGAUCGACACGUACCUGAACGCCGCCUUGGACCUCCUGGGGGGCGAGGACGGGCUCUGCCAGUAUAAGUGCAGUGACGGAUCUAAGCCCGUCCCACGUUAUGGUUUUAAACCCUCCCCGCCGAAUGGAUGUGGCUCUCCACUAUUUGGUGUAAAUCUUAAUAUUGGCAUCCCUUCCCUGACAAAGUGCUGCAACCACCACGACAGGUGCUAUGAGACCUGUGGCGAAAGCAAGAACGACUGUGAUGAGGAGUUCCAGCACUGCCUCUCCAAGAUCUGCCGAGAGGUGCAGAAAACACUGGGACUAGCUCAGCACGUGCAGGCAUGUGAAACAACAGUGGAGCUCUUGUUUGACAGUGUUAUACACUUGGGCUGUAAACCGUACCUGGACAGCCAACGAGCCGCGUGUUGGUGUCGCUACGAAGAAAAAACUGAUCUUUAAAGAAGAUGCUGCAGGUGACAGCAGAUGCGGAUGAAAGCACAUAACAACCUUUGGCAAAGAACUAAUGUUUUUACAGCACAAAGGUGCCUUAUUUUUGUGAAAGGGCUAUGGUAAGACCUUAUUUUGACAUUAAAGCUUCAAACUAAAGAGGAAGGGGGAGGCUGUGUUCCUGGAUGGCGCUGCCGUAGCGCGCCAGGCUGUCCUGACCAGUGUCGGGGAGAGGUGCGCGUUAAGGGGUGAGUUGUUUUUUUAAAGAAAGUUCUGUAACUUCGUUUUCACAACCGCAUUUACUCCCAAAAUGAGGUCAACUGUAAAAUUCAUUAUAAGGUAUGUCCAACAUUAUCUUAUUUGGAAAUAUGGAGAGACCUUCACUCAGAAGUGUAUUUUUGUUUACCAUAAAAAUUGAAAAAUACAUUUAUGCCUGGAAGGAUCUGACUUUAUUUUUUUCUCUAUUUUUAAUUAAUGCAAAAUAUGCUGUUUUUCUGUAGCCCAUUGAGCAUAUGAAUAAAUCACACUUCUAUUAAUGACAAGACUAAUUACAAAGACAAAAUUUCCACGUCUGUUUCUCUUAUAAAAUUGGAACCAUUAGCUGGUGACCUCUUAAGGAGCAAAACCAGAAUAUGUAGGUAUUAUGCAAUGUGCCUAGAAAGUGACGUGAACAGAAUUCAGAAGCACGCCACUCCCAUAUUAUGAACCGUUCAUAUGACAAAUGUCAUAUUUUGUUAUAAUCUUUGCCUAAAUUGGAGAAAAGAUGAAUUUAAUAAGAUAAAUGAGAAGUUGUUUACACGUCAGAGCAUUGUAUGCUGUUAUGCUUUGAUGUUUAUUCCCUAGCUUGCUCCUCAUAGUAGAUUCUGGGAUAUUUUGAAAAGACAGUAACCUUUCACUAAUCGUGGUCUUAAUAAAAAUUGUUCUUGAUAUU